AAAUAAAAUAAAAUAAGAACAAUAAAAAAUGAGAACAUUAUAUAUAGAAGAGAUGGUCUGUAAAUCACGUCUGAAUCUCUCAUCUUUCACAGUCAAACACGCCUCAGGAAAAAUCAAACUAAUUUUUUUCCCAAACCAAAUUGGUUUUUCCUCUCGUCUAAGGAAAACAGAAACCCACCGACAAAGAUUUCUCCUUCUCUCUAAAUCACAACCAUUAACGAGAGCGAGCAACCAGACGAAGAAAAUGGGAUCAACAUCACCAAAGAGCUCGCAAGUCAUAGCAAAGCUUAACCUUAAAUCUCAUCAAGAAGGUGGAUUUUUCUCUGAAACAUUUAGAGACACCUCUGUUAUCCUCUCCAAAUCUCAUCUCCCACCACAAUAUAAGGUUGAUCGACCUGUCAGUACAUGCAUAUACUUCCUGUUGCCUUCUGGAAGUGUAUCUCACCUCCACCGCAUACCCUGCGCAGAAACCUGGCAUUUUUACUUGGGAGAACCCCUAACAGUGGUAGAACUCAAUGACAAUGAUGGGAGCAUAAAAUUUACAUGCCUCGGACCCGAUCCACUUGCUGAGAAUCAAGUAGUUCAGCACACGGUGCCUCCAAAUGUUUGGUUUGGUGCGUUCCCUACAAAGGAUAUUGACAUUUCAUCUGAUGCCACUGUUAAACGAGCCACAAGGGACCACGAGGCACACUUUUCUCUCGUGGGGUGCACCUGUGCGCCUGCAUUCCAGUUUGAUGAUUUUGAGCUGGCAAAACGCUCUGAGCUUGUCUCUCAUUUCCCCAAGUAUGAGUCUCUCAUCACUAUGCUCACCUACGAUGAAUGAAUGCCGCACCUCACCUCCACUUUAUGUAUCACUGCAACGGAAUGAUGUUUUACUGUACGAUUUGAGGUGUUUACCAGGUAUUACUUUUCUGGUAUGCUCCGUUAAUCUGGUUUCUUACAUUUCAUUUUGUACAAUGAUGAAUGGACAUUCGUGCAGCUUGUUGAUUAUAUAUGAAUAAAGUAUAACUCAUAGUAUAUUAUUUUGAACAUUA